AUGGAGAGGACCUCUGUCUCCAAGGAGCGUGCAGUGCAGUGGGAGAGGCAUUCCGGUGGUGGAGACAGCAAGGAGAAAGGCCCUGAGGCACUCUCUGUUUCUGGGCUCCUAGGCCUGUAUGAACUCCGCCUCACCACCGAUGGCCCUGCUACCACAGGGGCAGAGGUGACCAUCUCGGCCAGCUUCGUGGCCAGGGCCAACGGCAGCCUGGCCCUGCCUGCCGAUGCCCACCUCUACCGCUUCCACUGGAUUCACACCCCACUGGUGCUCACCAGCAAGACCGAGAAGGCUCUCAGCUCGACCAUCCGUGUGGUUGGCAACGUGCCUGGGGACAUGCCGGUCUCCGUCUGGGUGACUGCUGCCAAUUGCUGGAUGUGCCAGCCUGUGGCAAGGGGCUUCACCGUCCUCCCCAUCACAGAGUUCCUGGUGGGGGACCUCGUCAUCACCCAGAACAGCUCCUUGCCCUGGCCCAGCUCCUACCUCACCAAGACCACCCUUCAAGUCUCCUUCCUCCUCCACGACCCAAGCAACUUCUUCAAGUCAGCCUCGUUUCUUUACAGCUGGGACUUCGGAGACGGGACACAGAUGGUGACCGAGAACCCCGUGGUCCACUACAACUAUUCGAUUAUCGGAACCUUCACCGUGAAGCUCAAGGCGGUGGCUGAGUGGGAGCAGGUGAAGCCGGAUGCCGGCAAGGGCACCGUGCAGAAGACGGGUGACUUCUCUGCCUCGCUGCAGCUGCAGGAAACCCUUCGAGGCAUCCAGGUCUGGGGGCCCACCCUAAUUCAGACCUUCCAAAAGAUGACAGUGACCUUGAACUUCCUGGGGAGCCCCCCAUUGACCACGUGCUGGCGCCUCAAGCCGGAGUGCCUCCCACUAGAGGAAGGGGAAUGCCAUCCAGUGCCAGUGGCCGGUACAACCUACAACCUGACCCACACCUUCAGGGACCCUGGGGAUUACUGCUUCAGCAUCCGAGCUGAAAAUGUCAUCAGCAAGACGCAUCAGUACCACAGGAUCCAGGUGUGGCCCUCCAGCAUACAGCCUGCUGUCUUUGCUUUCCCAUGUGCCACACUUAUCACUGUGAUGCUGGCCUUCAUCAUGUAUGUGACCCUGAGGAAUGCCACUCGGCAAAAGGACAUGGUGGAGAAUCCAGAGCCACCUUCUGGGGUAAGGUGCUGCUGCCAGGUGUGCUGUGGGCCCUUCUUGCUUGAGACUCCAGCUGAGUACCUGGAAAUUGUCCGCGAGAACCAUGGACUCCUCCCGCCCCUCUACAAGUCUAUCAAAACUUACACUGUGUGAUCACCCUCCCGCUAUUCCAGCUAAGUGCCGACUGUCAGCUUGGAGCUACCAGAGGGUGGUGCAUGCCACUGAACAGGAAGAGUUCAUGUGUACAGGGGCUUACCCCAGCCGUCUGCCUGUCCAUCCAUAUGUACAGUCCAGCCACUGCCACAAGCC